UCAGAAGGAUGGAUUCAGCUGACGAUUUGGACGAAGACGAACUUCUGGACUUCAACGUUCAGAUGAGCAUUCAGGAGUCGUGUCAUCUAAUGGGACCAGGGAGGAGUGAAGCUUUGAAGCUUGAGUUGGCCAUCAAACAAGGUAAAGAGUCAAAUGCUGGUGUGGUUAGAAAUCCAAACGGGCCACAGUGUUUACAUCAAUAAACUGUUUUCAUCAAAAUACAUAAUUAAAGACAAGGAUGUCUUGAGUCCAUAGUUGAGACUGACUCUCAGUGGAGCCAGAUGCAUUUACAAAUGUAGAAAAAUACCGACACUCCCUGAGGCACCACCAUCAUCUAAACACCAAAUGAGGAAAUAUCUUUUGAAUCAUAACCUGCUGGAAGUAGCCAUCAGAAGAUGGGUACACUGUGGUCAUAAAGGGAUGGACACGCUCAGCAACAAUACUCAGGUGACAUGGUGGCACUGCAGAAGCUCUGUGAUUUCCCAGCAGCCUUCAGUCAGGUGGACAAGCAGGGCUGGUAUCCACUGCACAGGGCGGCGGUCCAACCUCUGGUCCAGGUGCUGGAGACGGUGCUGUACGCAUCUUUCAGUCUGACUCUGGAGGAAAAGACUUCGGGGGGUGAGACUUUCCUGACUUUAGCAGUAAAAGCUGGUUUGGUGGAAAACGUGACGAUGCUGCUGGACCAUGGAGCUUCUCCUCACACGACCAACAGCAAGAAUGAAUCCCCUCUUCUUUUAGCGGUCAGAGGCGGAUCCUAUCAGAUGGUUUCCAGUCUGAUCGCUGGAGGAGCUCGGGUUGGACAGGUGUGUCUGAAGAAGUGGACGGCCGUGCACGAGGCCUCCAGGGCCGGCUGUGUUCGAGUCAUGGAGCUCCUGCUGCAGAACGGAGGUCAGGUGUCAGAGACAGACCAGUAUGGAGUGACACCUCUGGGCAUCGCUGCAGAGUACAGCCACUCUGAAGUCCUGGAGCUCCUCAUCAAACAUGGUGCUGAUGUAAACGCUCAGGCGCCAAAUGGCGACAGCGUCCUGUACGAUGCUGCAGGUUCGGGGAAUCCAGACUGUAUCGACAUCUUGCUGCAGCACGGAGCAAAUCCAAACAUUCACAACCUGAGUUCCCAGCUGCCCAUCCACCACGCUGCAUACGAGGGACACUAUCUAGCUUUGAGGAUUUUGAUCCCCAUCACCACCAGACGGGCCCUGCGGCUGUCCGGCCACAGCCCCGUCCACUCUGCCGCUGAUGGAGGCCACACUCACUGCCUGGAGCUCCUGCUGCAGAAAGGCUUCGACGUCAAUGCGCAGUUGGCCCCUCACAUCACCGACAACUAUGGAGACAUGAGGAGGACCCCGCUGUACUUCGCUGUCUCCAACGGAGACGCGACCUGCACAGAGAUUCUACUGAGGUCGGGUGCCAAACCAGACCUGGACCCGCUGCGCUGCCUCCUGGUGGCGGUCAGGUCGGGCCGCUACGAGAUUGUGAAGCUGCUGCUGGCGGCCAAAGCAGACGUGAACUGUUACUUCACAGUGGUGAAUGACACGGUGUUCCCCACGGCGCUGCUGUACUGUCUGAAGGAUGAGGUGAUGAUGAGGCUGCUGCUCAACAACGGCUACGACGCAGAGAAGUGUUUCUGUUGUAACCAUGACGACGAAUGGGACGACCUGAGAGAGACUAGUUACUCACAAGAUCAGGAGGAAAAAGUUGCUUUUUGUGAUUUCGUCAGUGUCUCCUGGCUGGUGAACCUUGUGGGCCAAGUCGUCUCAAUCCUCCUGGAAUACGUCGGUCAGGUUUCUCUCUGUGGCAAGCUGAGAAAGAUCUUGGAGAAACACAAGGAGUGGUCUCACAUUCACAGGACCAUACGUAACCCUCGCUCUCUGUCUCACCUGAGCAGAGUGGUGAUCAGGAAGCACCUGAGCUGCAGCAGUCUGAUGUCCGCCCACCUGCCCAACAGGCUGAAGGACUACCUGUUGUUCAAAGAGAACGACCUGUACGCCAAAAUCAUCUGCAGGGAGGUCUGAGGGGACGAUUUCCAUCUUGUAUACUGAGUCUUAAAUUUGGUAAUGAGUUUGUGUUUUUUUCUUUCCUUUUAUGUAACAGGGCCUGUAUUUAUCAACCAUCUAUGAAUUACACCUAAGAAUGAUCUAGAGCAGUGGUUCCCAACGAGUGGGUCACAGUCCAAAAGUGGGUUGCGGGCACAUUUUAAGGCCCCAGUCACACAGAAAGUGUUUUGCAGGUUGCAAAUGUUGAGGCAGAGGGUGCUGUUUGUAGCUCUGGUUGAGGGUAAGAGGCUGUCAGCAGUUGGUCCAGGAGCUUCUCCUCCAUCAUGGACGUUUACAGGCAGAUUUUAGGAUGACUCAGGGGCAGUUUGACAACCUGCUGUCUAUCAUCAGGCCGUAUAGCUCUGGGUAUCCAGCAACCACUACCACCAGUUUCUCCUCCAUUGGUUACCAACUGUACACUUGUUGUCGUGUCCACCACAGAAGGCCCGCCUCUCAAAUCAUCUGAUUGGACAAUGGGAAAAAGAUAACAAGACAAAAGAUGAUGUGGGUUGCUUUUCUGCCUUGAGGUGAGUUGAAGUUUAUCCAGCUUGAGGAGUUCAGAGCACUCCAGCAAAAACGCCAGGUGCCUAGAGCGCAGAAAUGUGAGGCGUGCAGCAACGCAAAAACAGCGAGCAAAAAGCUUCAUUCUCAUUAAAAACUAUUUCCUAAAAGCACCUCCAGCUGCUAAAAUGCUUUCUGUGUGAUCAAGGCCUAAAUGGACUGCAAGUGACUUGGGAACAUGUCAAGUUGUAAAAAAUGCACUUUAUUUUGAAGUACAGAAAAUUUUCGGCACAGGCUUUAUUUUGUAGUGCUGUUUCCUGUUAACGGACAGAUACUUAACAGAGACAGCAAACUAGCUCGACGACAUGGACAGACACAAGCGCUGAAUGUAUUAAACUUUGUGGAUCUUGAACUAAUGACGAAGGAGAAAUUUGGACCCCGUGGGUGGAGCAGUUUGGAACCACUGCUCUAGAGCUCACCUAGAAAGUGUGAGCAAUGAGACUGUGUUACUGUAAAUGAUUUUUUUCUAAAGGGCAUUAACGAAGUUUAUUUUCACUGUAUUGUGUGAGGUGACUCAGAUUUCUGGGACUCAGGUGUUGGAUAAAGGAGCCUGUUAACUGUG